GUGUAUCCGCCGGCCAAUCCGCGCCAAAUUUGCCGACGGCUUCCUUUACUCCAUACACCAGCUCUACUCUACAGCAAUCCUAUAAGCACGGCAGCCCCUAAGCCCUAUGGGCCCGAGCCCAACGAGAAAUGCGCCUGAAAUUUAUGACGAAGCGAAAGGCCCCCGCGGAGGCACCAGCUGAAGGGCCCUCACCUGGCGAACCAUCGCAAAAUGAUAACUCCGGCCACCUUCGCAAAUCGACUGGCUCCAAGAUCAUCUCAAUACUUAGCGGCUUACGCCGUAGCCUGGACCAGAAGGCGAUAAGCGAGGCUGACAAGAUCGACUCGGCCGUGACCGCCGCACUCAAGACUGGCUCAUGCUCCGAGAAGUUGACCUGUGUGGCCCGGCUGCUCGCCGAACACAGCGCCAUCGAUUUUUGCGGGGUGUACCUGGUGCAUCCCUCCCAGGACACGUUUGGAGUGCUGGCGGCCGCGGGCGCCGGCGCCUCCCUGUUCCCGCCACUGCUUGGCUCGACGGCGGCUCAGCGCAGCCUGGCAGCUGCGGACGCGGGUGCGCCGCAGCGGCCCAACCCCUUCACACGCUGUGUGUUCAAAACCCGCACCAGUCGCUGGUGUGUGGGCGACGUGGCGGCGGCCGGGUCCUCGUGCGCAUAUGGCGUGAACAGCCACGGCCACGGCCCGGCAGGCGCAGCAGCCGCGCCCGGGCCGGUGUCCACCUAUGGCCCGCUGAUGGCGCACUCCAGCCAGCUCACGCACCUGCCCUCGCAGCCGCUGCAGCCGCAGCAGCGGGCGUCCUUGGACUCGCCCGCUGGCCGCCAGCACCAACAGCAGCAACAGCAGGCCGCGGCUGGGCCCGGCAGUAGCAAAGUGUUGUCCAGCUGGGGGUCCUCGUGGGGCUCCUCGGCGACAGCCACGCCCGCCGGUGCGGCCGCUGCAGGCGCUGCCGGCGCCGUCGCUGCCACCACACAGACCACCCAGACCUCGCUGUGUGGCGGCAGCGCGCAGUGCUCCACGUCCGGUGUUGCCGGCGGGGCUGCGGGCUCCCAUGCGGGUUCGGGCGCCUGCAGCUGCUGCUGCCCGCCCACGGACGCGGCCUGGCUGCUGCGCUCGGGUGCGCGCUGUGUGCUGGCGCUGCCAGUGCCACUUCCCGCCGCUAGCCGCAGCAGCCUGCUGCUGCCGAGUGGCAGUGCCGGCGGCAGCAGCAGCGGGGGCGUGUGCGGGCGCCUCAGCCACGGCCCAGGUACAGGCGCAGGCGGUCGUCGCAGCGGCAGUGGCGCCACGGCCACUGGGUCCACUGGCGCCCCCCAGCAGCUGACCGGCUGCGGCGACCUGGCUGCGGUGCUGGUGGUGGCGACGCGGCAUGGAACCUGGAACCAUGCUCUGUUGAGGCGGCUUGAGGAGGUCGCGCUGGUCCGACUGCCGCCCCUGGCCGUAACCGCAGUGGCCGAGCACGCCCGCAUCCUGGGCCACCCCGCGUUGUGCCCACAGCUAGCUGUGAACGUGCCCGGCCAUCUGGCGGCCGCCGCCCAAGCCGCCGCUGCCACCGCCGCCGCGGCGGCAACCGGCUACACCUCUGGCCUCGCAGCACCGGCGCAGCCCGAGCCGCAGCGGCGGUGCGCGGAUGAUGCCGAGGGUUCGCCUGACGGCGCGCAGGACCUUGCUCAGCCGCCCCCAGCUGCCCGGCCCGGCGAGGAGGCUGAGGCUGAGCUGUGUGAGUGGGCCAUGGACGUGCUGGGCGAGGUGCUGCAGCUGGACCGGCUGGUGGCCAACCGGGCCUCACAGGAGGCGGAUGAGCGAGAGGCGGCGAUAAGCCAGAUCGCGGCGGCGGCGGCGGCGGCGGCGGGUGGCAGUCCCGAGGUGGCGCCUGUGUCUGUGGCGGCCAUGGCAGCGGUGGCCUCCUCCGGCCCGCGCCACGUGGUCCCCACCGCCCGCAGCCACAACGGCACCAACGGCAUCAACGGCAGCACCAGCAGUGCUCACCGGCACUGCCGCCCGGCCGUGCAUGCGGCCCCCAGCGGCGCCGCCUCUAGCCAGGCGCUGCUGCUGGCCUCACUGGCGGCCACUGCCGCGGCGGCCGCGGCAGAGGCGUCCAACUCGGGCAUCGCCGGCGGCGGCACCGCCAACAGCAGCAGCGGCAGCGAAAACGGAGGCGAGUGCGCCGCCGCUGCCGGGCUCUACACGGCAGCUGGCGGCGUCAACUCGGGCCGGCUCCGGACCCGGCCCCACGGCUAUGUCCUGCCCCACCCCGUCACCCCAACCCCGUCUGCGUCCAGCUCCACGGCGGCUGUGCUGCAGCGCAUCAUCGACCUGCAGGUGCUCGCAGCUGCCGCCGCCGCUGCCGCCAGGUGCGGCGCCGCUGGCGCCGCCGCCGCCGCCGCGGUGACAACUGCCGCGGCCGCCGCUGUGGCGGGUGCGGGCAUGCGCCAGGGCGGCAGUGGCGGGCAGGUGGUGGUUCCGCCGGUGACGGCCGUCAAUGCCGCCUCCGCCGCCGCCUCCCUGGUGCUCAGUCUGGCGCAGCGGCAGCUGGUGGCACGUCUAGGUCAGCACCCGCACCCGCACCCGCACCUGGCCGCCGCAGGCCCCGCCCACUCCCAGGAGACGGGCGGCUCCAACAGCGAUGGCGUCGUCUACCCCGCCGCCGCCGCCGCCGCCGCCGCCGCGCGCUGCGCUCCCAACCUGCGCCCCACUGCGGAGCCGUCCCGCGCGGCCCUGCUGGCGGCUGCGCAGCUGGCCGAGUCCCUGCUGCUUGCCCACAACAACGCCAACAGCGCCCGCGCCGCCGCCUCGGCCGCCUCCCAGCCGCACCCACCCUUCCAGCUGCCGCCGCAGUGGCAGCAGCUGCCGCACCUGCACCACUGCUUCCAACAGGCCGCACUGGCAGCCGCAGAGGCAGCCGCCGCCGCCCAGGAGGCAGCCGCCGCCGGCACAGCCGCAGGCGCAGGCGCUGCCGCGGCCCCCGCGCCCCGCGGCUCCCCCGGUGUGGGGUUGCCGGCCUCGGCCUUGAGCGCCUCCUGGUCCAGUCCCGAGGAGGACGAGGAGAUGGACGGAGCCGCAGCAGCCCUGUCCCACACUGCACCCGCCUGCGCCCAGCACCCGCACCCGCACCCGCACCCGCAGCUGCCGGCCCUGCCCCUGCCCCUGCCCCUGGUCCACGGGCCGGCGCCCCCGGGCCCGAGCCUGACGCCCGCGCAGCAGCUGCAGCACGCGCUGUGGCAGCGCCAGCGCCUGCACGCAUUGGCGCAGGCGCAGGAGCGGGCGCUUCAGGCGCUGCAGGCGCCGCCGCUGACGGCGCCGUCCCAGCACCAGCCCCGCAUGCCCGGCUCGCAGCUGCAGGCGCAUGGGGAGGUCGGGAUGCAGGAGAUGGAGGUGCUGAUGCAGCCGCCCGGGGCAGCGCCACAGCCGCCACCACCGGCGCGGGGGCCGUGGGUUGCCGCCGCCAACGACUCCAGCGCCCCGCUGCCCCAAUGCGCCGCCGCCGCCGCCGCCGCCGCCGCCGCGGCCUCCCCGCUCAUCCCCUGCCUGCUGCAGCGCCCGGUCGGCGACAUCACCACUGAAGGUGGCAGCGCCGCCGCCUGCAGCGCCACCAGUGCUGCCGCCAGUUCCGCCGCUGCGCUGCUGGCUGCUGCUGCGGACUCCGGCCCCAUGCACGCGUCCUGCCCCGUCAGCCUGGGCCCCGCCCACGCCUAUGCCGCAGCCGCUGCGGCCUCAGGGCCCUCCGGGAUGUCGGAGGCGGGCGCGGCCGCGGGCACACACAGCGACGCGCCGCUCAUCACCGUGGUGCCCUACUGCUGCUGGCGCCAGGGGCUGCCCCUCAGACAGCCUCAAGCCGCCGCCGCCACCCCCCAAGUGGCCUCGCCCGUCGCGCCUUCCCCCGCCGCUGCUGCAGUCGCUACCGCCGCCUCCUCUGCCUCCGCCGCCCCCUCCCACCGCCGCUUCGCCCACACGCUCAGCCGCACGCUCAGCCUGUCCGCACUGGAGCUCCGGAGCCAGUCGCCGCCGCUCAUGUGCAGCGCCGGCACCGCAGCCACUGCCGGCGCCGCCACCACGGGCGGCACCACUGCCGGCGCUCCAGGGGACUCGGGCGGCUACGGCUCCGCCACGCAGCGGCCGUCGCUGCUGCUGCCCGCCGCCGCCGCAACCGCCUCACGCGCGGCGCAGGUGGUUCCGGACCCGCCCUCCUCGCCGUUGUGGCGGCUGGGCGCCAGCCGCAGCAGCAGCAGCGGCAGUGGUGGUGGUGGUGGGGACGGCGCCAGUCGCGGGCUGAGCGGCAGCGCCACUGAGGUGCGGGUGCUGGUGCUGCGCGGCCGCGGCGGGGGCGGGGCCGAGGGCCAGGCUCGUGAGUGGAGGAGUGAUGGCGAGGAGGGUCAGGAGGGCGGUGAGGAGGCGGGGAUGCUCACGCUCAUUGCAGGGGGCGACCGCAACGGCCCCCUGCGCCUGCAGCAGCCCUCGCAGCCGUUCCAGCAGCGGGCACUGGCACUGGACGCGGGCGGUCAGCCCUGCGCGCCUUUCGCUCCUGUGGGCCUGGACUCAGCCGGCCCGCUGCCGCCCAUUGUGGUCGUGCCUUGGGGAAGCACUCGCUCCCCUGCGGCCUCGGCAGCAGCACCAGCCGGCCCCUGCAGCAGCGGCGCGUAUGCGCGGCCGGCCGCCUGCCCGUCUGGCGGCGGCGGUGGCAGCGGCGACACAUUCAGUUGCCCGCCCCGCACUGGCGACUGUGGCGACUGGCCCCUCACCUCUGACACUGACAACAACGACAACAACACCAACGACAACGCUGACAACACACACAGCGGCGGUCGCAGGGGCCAGCGGGCUCUGGCUGGCCACACCACCGGCUACCCCCGCGCCUACCUGGCCGCGGGCGGCUGCAGCGCAAUGGGCGCCAUGGCCGGCGGCGGUGCCGACGGUGACGGCGACGGUGGCGGCGGCGGCACCUACCACCUGCCCCGCUUCCAGCCGCCGCACCCCCACCCGCACCAGCAGCACCAGCAGCCGCCGCCUCACCCGCCCCACGGCCUGCACCGGCUGGUGGUGGAGCGGCCCUCGGACGUGGCGGCGGCCCUGCGCGGCGUCAUCACCGCCGCCGAGGCCGCCACAGUCACCAGCGGCCACUGCGGCGGCGGCGGCCGGGAUGGCGGCGGCGCCGCCAGGCUCCGCCACCCCGCGGCGCGCGGCCCGGUGCAGCGCCACGAGCACCAGGGCCACAUUCAGGACUUGGACUCGGACCAGUCCCACCCCUGCCACCACCCGCACCACCCGCACCACACACAGCACCAGCACGCACAGCACCCCCAGCGCCCCUGCCGCAUGCAGCAGCCCGGCCUGCCCGCCGCGGACCGGCCUGCGGGCCUGCUGGAGCAGCAGCAGGCGCUGGCGGCGAUGCAGUGGAGCGGCCUGCUGCGGGGCCGGCCCGCCGCGACCCACACGCCCCAGCAGCCCCAGCAGCCCCAGGCGCCUCACGGGGCCCAGACCCUUCUGCCGCCCCAGCAGCAGCAGCAGCAGCUGCUGCUGUUGCCUCAGGGCGACUCGGGCCUGCAGGACGACAUCGAUGCGGCGGUGGCGGCGGAGCUGGAGGCCACACAGGUCAGCUGCAGGCGCGCCGGAGGCGGAGGCGGAGGCGGAGGCGGAGGCGGAGGCGGAGGCGGAGGCGGAGGCGGAGGCGGAGGCGGAGGCGGCCACUGGCCGGCCAGUGGCGAGCACGAGCGCGGCGCUUACGCGUACACACACAUGUACCAGUGCCCGGAGCCCUGUGACCAGGCCGCUGCGGUGCGGGUGUCUGGCUCCCAGGCAGCCGCGGCAUCGCCUCGCGCACAGCAGUCACCGGCCCAGGCCCAGUGCCAGCAGCCGCCGUGUAGCCCCGCCCUGUACAUGUCCGCCUCGGCGCUGGCCGCCGGCUUGCGCGGCUGCGGCCCCGCGCGCAGCAGCACCAGCGGCGGCAGCGGCAGUGGCGGCCGCCGCUCCUCCUCCCUGUCCGCCGCCGCUGCCUCCAUCCUGCGCGCUGCGGUGGGCGGUUCUGGACGUGAGGACGACGGCAGCCAGGGCGGCAGUGAUGGCGAGGGGGAGGGCGAGGGGGCCGAGGCCGCCUGCUCGCCCGCGCACCCCCACCACCGCCAGCGCUCGCAGCAGCCGCGGGUGUAGGUGUUGGUGUAGGUGUUGGCUGUGUAGGCGGCAAGCAGUCGUGAGGCGGAGGCGGCAUUGUGGAGGCCUGUGAGGAGGGACGCAACGUGCCUGAUGCGAUUGCGGCCGCAAAUAAUGGCGAGCUGCUGUGGAGCAGCAGGCGCAAAUACCGCCCCCAGCUCAUGUGCGGGGAUUCUCAGUCCCGUUUGUUGUAGGUGGCAAUUUUUGCCGGGGACUUUUGGCGGACUGACAUUUAUGCAUACAGAUUGAUCUUAUGGGCUACAGCCCUAGUGGCGACAGAGUUCAAUGGACGACGUGCAUUGCAUAUCCCUGCUGCGCGCAACAUUGCGUCCCGAGGUGUCUUGCACGUCCCGCGCGGGAAGCGGGGGGUGUUAGGAUGCAGGCGCACAGCUUGCGCGGGUGGGCUUGACAGUCCGCGGCACACAUUUCGUUUUUCACGAGCGGGUGUGGUUAGCAGGAAGCUGGGAAUUGGACGAGGUUGAUGACCUCUUUUUUUGCAUGGAGGCUUUUUAAUAAUAAUGCUGCGAAUGGCGAGGAUGGCAUUCACCAAUUAACAGGGUCCAGACACUUUGUGGUAUGCCAUUCCAUAGGUUGUUGCACACAGAAGAGCGCACAGAAGAAUCGGCGCUGGGAUGAAGACACUGCGUGUCGCCUCCUCACAUGGCGCCAGCCCUGCCUGUGGGUGGGGUCUACCGUACCAAAGCGUCAUACUGGCAGAAGGCCUUGAAGGCUUGAAGCAAGGUUUGGUUGGGGUUUUAGGGUUUAAUUGCUAGUUGGUUUCGAGAGGCGCUACUUGAGGGGCCGGUGCUGGCGGAUGCCAGUCGGCAGAGAGUUAUGGCUCCAGGGCGGAGAACGCGGCUGCUCGUCUUCGCAACUGCAUAAAAGCACUCUGUGGGCGGCACAGGCACUAGCUGUUGUCGCGCUUCGGGAAUCGGGCGAGAGGGUUGGAUGUUGGGGAGGCUUGACGCCGCCCAGACCAGGCGGUGAAGGGAAUGAUGAGAAGAAUUUAUGCGGCACCAAGUAAGGGGCUGGGGGCAGGAAGGCCGACGUUCGGCGCACCUGCGCCCCCUCUGCACCUAGGACUGCGGCUAGGUAGCAUCGCCAUGUCUGGGUCCUCCAAGCGUUUCUUGCUUGGGGACCACAAAGUAUGUGUACUUGUUGGCUGUGAGUCUUGUCAACGGAAGGCGUAUCGUAUGCUAGAGAUCACCUGUCUAGCAAGCUGUGAAGAAAAUGUGUCGGGCCUGCAUGCACGCACCUGCUGCAUACGGAAUGGUAGUAACGGAUGAGGACCACAUUUUUGACACGCACUGGUGCGGACUGGGUUCGGAUCCGUUCCGAUCCACCGAUGAAAGAGAUAGGUGGCGGUGGUGGACGAGGCAAGGCGAGGCGUGACGGCGCCGUGACAAUUGGCGGCCGGGUGGAGGUGAGGGAUGGCGGCCCCUGCUGCCAUGUUGGUUGACGGCGGCCGCUGCUGCCCUGUCGUUGAUGGCGGCCGCUGCCGGUGGAGGCCGUGGUGGUGGUGGCCGACUGACCAGGGUCACGUGGCAGGCAUUAAAGAUAUGCGUGUCAUACAUCCACUAAUUGCUACAGUUGUCGCGUUCAUGGCCGUGCACACCGAUUAGCAAUGCAGCUGUAGCGGUAUGGGCUGAGGCACCGCAUCCAUGUGUAUGGCAACGACGCCACGAGGCGGCUCAAUGGGUGGCGUGGUCGCCUGCUGAGUGGUCGGUUGGUCUGCACGAGCAUCGGGGGGGGAGAGCAGGGCGGGCCGUUGUCGUGGAUGUGGCUGUUUCACCCUCUGACAUCCUGGCUGUGAGCUGGCACGAGGCACAUGAAUGCGUUGUUGCAUUCUGACGUUGGCAGGUGACACAUGCCGGAUUGCCGUGAUGACACUGGACACUGGCGGCAUGGCUGUAACGGGUGUUGUUG